AUGAGUCUCUGUGGUCGCCAAAAAGUCGUUCGACGUAAGAUGGUGCUAUUGUCAAUAAGAGGGGACGGCGCUUGCGGCAAGACCUCCGCUCUAAAUGUCUUCACCAGAGGGUGGGCACCCCUUGUAUUUUUCUCUGUGGUCGAGACCGCUAACUUUCGGGUAGAUACUUUCCUACGGUCUAAUAUCUUCGUGGACAAUGUACACAUGGAAUUGUCGCUAUGGGAUACGGCCGGCCAGGAGGAAUUUGACCGACUGCGCGCGCUAUCAUACGAGGACACACACGUGAUUAUGCUCUGUUUCAGCGUUGACAGUCGCGAUUCGUUCGAGAACGUGGCGAGCAAAUGGAUUGAAGAGAUCUCGGAGAACUGCGCCGGUGUCAAAUUGGUGCUCACUGCCCUCAAGUGUGAUCUGAGAAAGGAUGAGUUCCUCAACGACAACCCGAACGCGAUCACCUACGAAGAAGGACUGGCGAAAGCCAAGGAAAUUGGCGCAGUGAAAUACCUGGAGUGCUCCGCCGUGCAAAAUCGUGGUAUCAUGGAAACAUUCUACGAAGCUGCAAAGGUCGCCCUGGAAGUCAGAACUCAGGGCUCUAAUGGAUCCGGUGAACGGUGUGUCAUUCUCUAGACAUGCCGCUGGCCAUCCUUCAUGACUUGUCGACUAUUGCAUUGCUCUGUUCUUAUACCCUUCUACCUGCUUGCUCUUCAGCCCAUGAGCUGGAUCAUUUGCUGUGACCGUUCCGACCGGGGGAAUGCCCUGGGUUUCCCAUCACUGGCAUCGAGCUAUCAUUUCCUGGGCGUUUUCAGCCUGUCAUGCCUUGCUCUGUUCUCUUCUCUAUAUAUACUUGUUGAACCCCUUGUUGUAAUCCUGUAUACCUAAUGUUUGCUCUGGGGAUACCUUCCAGAAAAGCGCGCCAGUCGGGACACACCCAUGGCUGCUUAUCUAUAUUCCAUCAUUCGCUCUGGUCGAUCUCCGCAUCGACCAUUGGUAUAGACUAUGCAAAUGUACCAUUGAUAAUGAACACGCCGUAUCUCGCGUACUCAAGAACCUCCUUUCAAUCCCUGCCAACCGCACCCUCCCCGAUUGUAUAAAGUCUAC